AUGAGUCGCCCACAUUAUCCUGAAGGAUAUGGCGCCGGCCACUCCAACUAUGCCUCCGACUACUCGGACUAUUAUUACGAAGACUCCGACUACCACCACGGCCAGAACUAUCACCCCGAUUACCAAUACGACUACAGUCAGGAUCCAGCGUACUACCAGGAUCCGAGUCUCAACUAUCACGGCGACGGCGACUAUCACGACUACCGACAACMCAGCCGCCUACCACGACCAGCGCAUCCUUCUUCUGCACGAGAACGCACACACGUUCCCUCAGCCAUGAAUCUCCCACAAGGAGCCAAUCAGCAGCAUUUCCACCCAUCGCAUGCGCAAUCCUCCGCGUGGGAUUCGUCGCAAAAUGAACACAAUAUGCCCGAAGAGUGGCCGCUGGCCUCGCCCCCGCUACAAGCUCCAGCGACUCUAUCACCUCAGACGCUACGUACCCCACCAAGGAGACCACAACGACCCGAUGAUCAACGAAGGCAUGUUGCUCCAUCGCAUACUCCAUCUCAAGCAGGCCCGCAUGCCUCGCCAAUAAACCGACAGUAUUACCAAGGCGGCCCCAAUCCUCAUCAUGGGAAUGGCCAUUGGAAUGGGGAAAGCUACAGCUAUGCUCCACCGCCGAGCUAUCCACCACCCAGCAGACCUUCACCGCACGCAAAUGGUCCUCAAGCUAUGUCUGGACAUUACUCAACACCACAGGCACCGAGGCAGGUCGUGUAUGGACAAGCGAACCAGAGGCCACCCCUCGGACCGCCGCCAUCAGCUAGACGAGGCACAUCCAGCUUUUACCCCCAAGUUGGUCCAGUGCAUCCCAUCGUCGAAGAGACAGAUAGCAUGAGAAGUAGCGUUCGCACAGGGAGCUUCCGUGGUACCGGCUCCCAUCUAUCCGGUCACGAUAGCAAGGUUUCGGUUGCGAGCAGUAAUGCCAUCCCGAUUGGAUUUGAAGCACCACGUAUUCGUAGGCCGGAUCUGGCUUCGUCCUCGGAGGACUCAUUCGUGGAGAGUCCAAUUGAGCCAGCACUAGGACCUGGGAGAAUGCAGGAAGCUGUUGAUCAACCCAAUAGAGACUCGACAAGUCCCGAAAUUAUGCUCAUACGACAAGCCAGCCUUGGCCGGAAACGCCGGCCAACGCUGACGAAUGUUAAGAGCAGCGAGAGGAAAGUCAGCAGUAGCGAUGUCGAUCCGGCUGCUCUGCCGGUACUGCCGCGUAGCUCGAUGAGCGAGAUCGAACGAGCGAGAACUAAUGCAAAAAACAAGCUCGAAGGGCAAACUCAGCCAGGGGCUAGUGACGUUGAUCGCGAGGCUGGACAGAAUGCUGUGCCGGCCUCUGCAAUAGAGGAGGAUGUGGGGAACGGACCCAAAGCCGAGGCGAGCGAUGGCAUUCCGCCCACCGCAGCCAAGCCAUUCCGAACUCCUUCAUCAGGGAACACCCCACCACGGAAUGGUGUUGUGCGCAAACCAUCGAAAGAAUUCGCGGCACUGUCCCACGAACUCAAUCCCACUCGCUCGAUUGCUCGUUCACCUCUUGCACCGGCUGUAGAUCCGCGUGUGGAAGGCAUACUCCGUAGCCUCGAAAAAGGCGGCGCCAUCAGCGAGAAGGAAGCCGAAGAGCUCAAAGCUCCAACAGGCGGGAUGUCUGGCAGAAAACGACCACCACGUCUGGAUGUCGACGCAGUACGUGUUGCCGAAGCCCGUGGAUCACUCUCAAGUCUGCCAGAACUCAUCAGGCGCGCGACACGAUUGGCGUCGAACCUUGACCGAGGUCGAACGGCCAGUCGACUGGGCAUGAACUGGAUAGAUGGUGCACGCGACGACGAAAAAAGGCGCUCUGUUCGCAGCUCGGGUAUGAGCGUAUAUCCAGCUGGUGAUGUACGGAGUCCUGAUGGCCGCGCCGAGAAAGGAGCCAGUUUUGGGAGGUGGUCACGGAUGAUGAGACAUUCUUCUCUCGGCAGUGACAGCGACGCUGGACAAAGGAGGCCAAAACGAACAUGCUGUGGCAUGCCUGUCUGGCUCUUCGUCCUGCUUCUGAUCCUCCUCCUCAUGCUCGUCGCUGCUGCAGUUGUCGUGCCAGUCCUGCUUGUCGUUGUCCUCCCAAACCAGGAGAAUAACGGCUCCAAUGCCAGCGCUAGCGCUAGUUCAUUGGGACAAUGCGAGCAGAAAGUCACCUGCGAUAAUGGAGGUACAAACAUACUCAGCGCCAACGGCUUCUGCGAGUGCCUUUGUGUGAAUGGAUAUACAGGGACAUCGUGUCAGACUUACUCGRCAACGGGCUGCACCACGACCUCCAUUGGCUCUGUCACAAACGCGACGGUGGGCGACGCCAUUCCUCGAUUAUUGGAAGACGCCAAUGGCAACUUUAGCAUUCCUCUCGACGCUCAAAGCGUCCUUGGUCUAUUCUCCAGCUCGGAUUCGAGUUGCUCGACACAGAAUGCACUGGUUACUUUCAACGGCAAAUCCAGCAGACGAGACCUCGCUCGGGGUGUUGUCACUCCAGGUCUCCGUCGUCGACAAGGCGCGACCAGCACCUCAUCGAGUGCAACGUCCACCAUCGGAGCUGGUGAGCAGCUCGACUUUGCUCGUAUUGUCGUUCUCUACGUCUUGCAAGUCUCCAGUCAGAUCGACCAUGCUGCAACAGCGCAGGAAAAUCUGCAGGCUUUCUUCCAGAAAGGACCGACCGACAGUGGUUCAACCGCCGAUGCCCGCAACAUCUCUCUGGGAAAUGACAUCACCUGCAACUUCGACAACCUUUCUUUGAACUUGGCCAAUGGAACUAGUGUUGGCGGUAGCGUCUGA